GCGCGGCGGCGAGCAUGAAGGAGGAUGGAAGGGCAGGACGAGGUGUCGGCGCGGGAGCAGCACUUCCACAGCCAAGUGCGGGAGACCACGAUAUGUUUUCUUCUUUUUGCUGUUCUCUAUGUGGUGUCCUACUUAAUCAUCACAAGAUACAAGAGAAAAUCAGAUGAACAAGAAGAUGAAGAUGCCAUAGUCAACAGGAUUUCGUUGUUUCUGAGCACCUUCACUCUUGCGGUGUCAGCUGGGGCUGUGCUGCUUUUACCCUUCUCAAUAAUCAGCAAUGAGAUCCUGCUGUCUUUUCCUCAGAACUACUAUAUUCAAUGGCUGAAUGGCUCCCUGAUUCAUGGUUUGUGGAAUCUUGCCUCUCUCUUUUCCAACCUUUGUUUAUUUGUAUUGAUGCCCUUUGCCUUUUUCUUUCUGGAAUCGGAAGGUUUUGCUGGUCUCAAAAAGGGAAUCCGAGCCCGUGUUUUGGAGACGCUUGUCAUGCUGCUGCUUCUUGCCUUACUGAUUCUCGGGAUAGUUUGGGUGGCUUCGGCACUGAUUGACAACGAUGCAGCUAGCAUGGAGUCUUUAUAUGAUCUCUGGGAGUUCUACCUACCCUAUUUAUAUUCCUGUAUAUCAUUGAUGGGAUGUUUGUUACUUCUCUUGUGCACACCGGUGGGCCUCUCCCGCAUGUUCACAGUCAUGGGCCAGCUGCUGGUGAAGCCCACAAUUCUUGAAGACUUGGACGAGCAAAUUUAUAUUAUCACCCUGGAGGAGGAAGCACUCCAGAGACGGCUAAAUGGGGUGUCUUCUUCAGUGGAGUACAACAUAAUGGAGUUGGAACAAGAACUUGAAAAUGUAAAGACUCUUAAAACAAAACUAGAAAGGCGGAAAAAGGCUUCAGCAUGGGAAAGAAAUUUGGUGUAUCCUGCUGUUAUGGUUCUACUUCUUAUUGAGACGUCCAUCUCGGUCCUUUUGGUGGUGUGUAAUAUUCUUUGCCUGUUGGUUGAUGAAACAGCAAUGCCAAAGGGAACACGGGGUCCUGGAAUAGGACACGCCUCUCUCUCUACUUUUGGUUUUGUGGGAGCUGCACUUGAAAUCAUUUUGAUUUUCUAUCUUAUGGUGUCUUCCGUUGUUGGUUUCUAUAGCCUCCGAUUUUUUGGAAACUUUACACCCAAGAAGGAUGACACGACGAUGACAAAGAUCAUUGGGAACUGUGUGUCAAUCUUGGUCCUGAGUUCUGCUCUGCCUGUGAUGUCCAGAACACUGGGAAUCACUAGGUUUGACCUACUUGGAGACUUUGGAAGGUUUAAUUGGCUGGGCAAUUUCUACAUUGUCCUGUCCUACAAUUUACUCUUUGCCAUUGUGACAACAUUGUGUCUGGUCAGAAAAUUCACCUCUGCUGUUCGAGAAGAACUUUUCAAGGCCCUAGGGCUGCAUAAACUCCACUCAUCCAACCCUUCAAGGGACUCAGAAGCACCCAAGCCAUCUGCAAAUGGGCAUCAGAAAGCACUGUGAGACCCACGGUGGGCACGCAUUCUGCAAGCAAGAGCCUGAGCAGUCCGAGCUCGUGACAUUCCUGCCUGCCAGCCCUAGGGUGUCUUCACGCCGACCUCAGUGCACGUGUAGGGCCCAGGCUAGCAGUGUCUUUUGUCGUAGUCUAAGAGCCUAGCUAUUGCUGGUCUUGCUUUAUAAAUUCAGCUUUCUGGUAAGCUUGGUGGCUUCCAGCUCAGCACAGCUCCCUGCAGACGUGCAGGAGGACACUCACUGUGGCUCUUGGCAGAGGCUGUCCUGGUGUGAAGCUGUCGGAAACACAGACUGCAGCUCUGGCCGAUGCACUCUGCUCCCACUACGGGUUAACUUGGCGUGAGACGCUGGCCUGAAAGAGCCCUGUGCUGGGGAGGCUCACGGCCUGUGGAGACAACUGCUUGUAGAGGCCGCUACUGCCGCAGCCACGUGGAAACUACUGGAAUUGGAAAUUUCUUUUUAUUUCCUUAAAAAAAGCAUAGUUUCCAAUUUAGGUUACAGACUUUUCACUAGACUUUGAGCCAAGGAAAAAUGUUAAAUUCUUUUAACCCCUGAGCCUCAGCAGCAAGCCAUAGGAGCAUCUUCUGGGCUCAUUACAGGACAUGCUGGAGAGUGUGUGUCCUCGUGGCCGGGGGCCAGUGGACCUGUGUGUGGCUCAGUAUACCUCUCGGAACACAGUUGCCAGUGUUGAGCACACUUGGAACUUAACUUUUGCCUUAUAGGCUAUAUGUACAUUCACUUUUUUUAAAGCAUUCUUUUUCAAAAAUCACUUAAUUUCCUCUGCGUCUAUGGUGUUUAUGAGAAAUGUCUGUGCUGAAUGAUAGAAACCCUUCUUUCCUCAUUUUCUUCAGGCUUUGGUUACUUUUGUAUACACCAAAUUAAGCCUUCCAUUUAUGAAGUUACCAGCUCAACACCCAGCGCUUACAGAGGCGGCAUUCUUGAUGUGAGAAUAGGUUUACACUGCAACAUACUCUGAUAAUCAUUCAGCAGUUACAUUGUAAAUACUCACCCUGAUGGUUUCUUCACUCCAAAGUCCACUGAUGGAAAGCCAUUACCAUGUGCUCUGCAUUUUCACCCACUCAGAUAGGAUCCCGAGUGCUGUGCAUGCAAAAAGACUAGGCCAGCCCCUCGCACAGUUUGUAGCCAUGUGGUCAGUUCCCAUGCACCAUGUGUAUGGCCAUUUGUUGUCUGUGUUCAGACAGAAGUAAAGCAACGUUUUUCUCAAA